UUAUUUUCAAUAAUUUCUUCUCUCAGAAACUACAAGCAAGAUGCCAGCCAAGACACCCAUCUACUUGAAAGCUGCUAACAAUAAGAAAGGGAAGAAAUUUAAACUAAGGGAUAUCUUAUCUCCUGAUAUGAUCAGUCCACCACUUGGAGAUUUUCGUCACACCAUACACAUUGGAAAAGAGGGACAACAUGAUGUUUUUGGAGACAUCUCCUUUUUGCAGGGCAACUAUGAGCUAUUGCCUGGAAACGAAGGAGAAACCACGAUUAGCCAGUCUGGUGGCCACAAUGAAUUCUUAAGGGCAAACAGCACUUCUGAGUCCAUGUUUACAGAAACUCCAUCACCAGUGCUCAAAAAUGCUAUUUCCCUUCCUGCCAUUGGGGGUUCUCAAGCCCUUACAUUGCCCUUAUUGUCACCAGUGACAUUUAAUUCAAAGCAGGAAUCCGUAAGGUCAUCAAGAAAUCCUAGGCUUAGCUGUGAGCCAGUAAUAGAAGAAAAAUUGCAGGAGAAAACUAAACAGAUGGAAGAUGGCGAAACAUACAAAGAUGACCUAUGGGAGCAAAAUGGUGGUUCUUCGCAUUUUACUAAUGGUAGAGACAGUCACUCAUCCAGCUUUUCUGAACGAUGCACUGAUUGGCAAACAGUUGAUUUGCUUGAUGACAGUCGACUUUCUUGUGAACUAACCAAGACAAAGACUAAGUCAGAAGAAUCCCUUUCAGAUCUUGCAGGCUCUCUUCUCUCAUUACAACUUGACUUGGGACCUUCACUUUUGGAUGAGGUUCUCAAUGUAAUGGACAAGAAUAAAUCUUAGAACUGGUACUCCCUUGCUUCUUUAGAAGUGAUUCACUUAAACAAAAACAAAUGUAUUUCGAAAGCAGAGACAUUUAAAAAUCAGCUGUAUUUGCAGUUGUUUGACGGGUUUUCUAAAAAUAUUCUUAAAAUACUAUUUUUUUACCUGUUGUUUUUCAUGAUUUUUAUUACACUAAAUUCUCAUAGCAGGAAGGUAAAUUUUAAUAACAGUUUUCAGCAAAUACAAAAUGUUUUAUGUACCAGUAUUAAUGAUCAGAAACUUAAGAAACAGAGUUUAAGGAUGAUACCGAUUGUGACAUUUGGUUAGUUCACUUCUACAGGCUUCUGAAUAUAUGAGAAUCUGUCAGAAAGGAGACUGAUAAUUAAUUAUUCACUUUUAUAAAUUAUUACAACAUCACUUCACAUAUAGGCCUCUUUCUAGAACCUUGUGUUUGAGGGUUUGAUAGUGGUUUUCUUCAUUUUCUGUAGUACCAUUUCUGUUAUACCUUCACUGUAACUACUUUCUGGGUUUUACACUACCGCUCUGUAUUCAAAUGUGAACAAUUUGGAGGCUUAACAAUUUGGAGGCUUUUUCAGCUUGAACACCCAGUCCAGAAUCUCAGCUGUUUAAAUGGGUAUGCACAAAUUUACGCAAGUUGAGGCUUGACAUUGUAUAUGAAAUGAUACGUUGUAAACAGGUGACAAAUGCAAGGUAUUAUGGUUAAAUUAUUUUAAAAGGUGAAAUAUAUUUUUUGUGUGCAUAUUGGCAUUUUACUGCAGAGCCUACACGUACAGUAUCUCAUCAAAAUAGUUGCUUGGCAUUAUUGGUGCUCUUCUGAAAAUUGUAUAUUUGUGUGUUUGAAAAGAAAUAUGUAUUGAUACUACUUGCUUUUUUUUCCCUCAUUUAUUGCCACACAUGCUUAAACUUGCAACUGAUUAUUAUAAUUUUUGAAGAAGGCACUGGUUAUUCACAAUGCUUGUGAUGUGUGCUGCAACAGCCAAUGUUUUAGGAAAUGUGGAUCUUUUAAUACAGUACCUACAUGGAUUGCAUAGAUAUCUUGUGCAAUACAAUAAAAACCCCUU